CCGUUUUGCAGUUGCACCUGUUCAUUGAUAAAUUUUUUCUUAUUAAGACUGGUCAUGGAUAUUGCUAGAACUCAGUCAAAUCCGUUAGGGUUGUCUGAGUUCGAAAUGCAAGAUGAAGGUUGGCCAACUGACGAGGAACUGGAAGUCAGCUUGGAAGUUCUCUCAAGUAUGCCGACAAAGAAAUUAACAACUGAUGAUUUCGAAGUUGGUGCUCCUUUGGGAAGAGGAAAGUUUGGCCACGUGUACCUAUGCCGCGAAGUUGUUUCGAAAGUUCCCGUGGCUGUAAAAGUUUUGUUUAAAGCUCAAUUGAUGAAGUAUGGUUUGGAGAACCAAUUAAGACGUGAAAUCGAGAUCCAAAAAAAGCUGAGACAUCCAAAUAUUCUGGAAAUGUAUACAUUUUUCUUCGACGAUAAAAGAAUUUAUUUAGUUUUGGAGUUCUGCACGACUGGAGAGCUCUACAAAGAACUUAACAACAGGGGACAGUUCAAUGUUAAAGAUACAUGUACUGUAAUUGGACAAAUUUCAGACGCUCUUGAUUAUUGUCAUCGAAAUGACGUCAUUCACAGGGAUUUGAAACCAGAGAAUAUUCUUCUUGAUGAACACGAAGAAGGAAAUGGAUAUUUUGCAAAGUUGGCGGAUUUUGGUUGGUCGAUCCACUCCAAAAGUCACAGAUCAACAAUCUGUGGAACCAAGGAUUAUUUACCCCCUGAGCUGGUCCAUAAGAAAAAGUAUGACCACAAAGUUGACAACUGGUGUGUUGGCGUACUUUGUUACGAACUGAUGUUCGGUAACACCCCGUUUCAUCAAGCGUGUGACUCGGAGACGAUGAAGAAUAUAACAAAUGUUCAGUAUACUUUCCCUCCUUAUUUCGAAAGUGGUGCGAGAGAUUUGAUUGGAAGUCUUUUGAAAUUCAAUCCAAUUGAGAGACUUGAAUUGGAAAAAGUGGUGUGUCAUCCCUGGAUCAAAUCCAAUGCUAGCAACCUUCCGGAUGGAAGCUGGAGAUUGAAAUGACUAAGUUAUUUUCAAAUUGGUCAGAAAUGCGUAAUUCCCAUUUAGUUUUGAAUAAAGAAUUGACUUAUUUUGUGAUUUUGUGUGGAAUGAAUUUGUAUUCAUUUUGAGUUUGUAGUAGAUAAAAUUUGCGUUUGUGAGAAAUGUGAUUGGUACAGUUUCGAUCGCUCAAUUUAAU